GUCUUUCUUUUCUCCUCUAUAUAUAGAUAUACAUUUUCUCCUCCAUUUGCUCUCUUGCACUAAUAUCUUCUUUUUUUCUCUCUAAUUUUCAAAAACACCAAUCGUAACACACAUAUUAUACAAACAUGGCUUUCUCAACUAAUUUGUUUUCGGUUCUCUUCCUCUCUUCUCUCCUCGUCAAUGCAGCUCUAGGUGAAAUAGUGUGCGAAGAUCUACCAAAGGAUGUGUGUGCAUUUUCAAUAGCAUCAUCAGGGAAGAGGUGUUUGUUAGAGACGUCGACAAAGAGGGAUGGAAACACGGAGUACCAAUGCAGGACGUCGGAAGUGGUGGUGGAGAGGAUGUCAGAAUACAUAGAGAGCGACCAAUGUGUUCAGGCAUGCGGGGUUGAUCGGAAGUCAGUUGGGAUUUCCUCUGAUUGCCUCCUUGAGUCUAACUUCGUCUCCAAGCUUUGCUCUCCUGCUUGCUACCAGAACUGCGCUAACAUUGUUGACCUUUACUUCAAUCUGGCUGCCGGAGAGGGUGUUUUCUUGCCAGACCUAUGUGAGAGACAGAGAGCUAACCCUCACCGAUCCAUGGCGGAGCUGAUGAGCUCCAGUGCAGCCUCAGGUCCCGCCUACCAAGACGAAACCGGAGCCCCGGGCCCAGUGUCCUCCCUAGACUCAACCGGAGCCCCAAGUCCGGACUACGAAGACGAAAUCGGAGCCCCAGGUCCAGACUCCCAAGACCCAACCGGAGCCCCAGGCCCAGUCUCGCAAGGUUCACCGGCCAGUUCCCCUGGUCCUGUCUCUGAAGACUUCGCUGGAGACGAUGAUGUUGAAGCUUUUGCCCCCGCUCCCCAGUAAUUAAUUAAUUUCGUCAGCUUUUAAUUUCUUUUCGAUCAUUUUCCUCUGGAAAAUUAGUGUAAAAUGAGUGGGAAAAAAAAAUAAGUUUUAGCCAAAAUUAGAGGGAUUUGGGGUCCAUUUUAUAUGGAGUUUGCAUUUCUUGAGAUUUUAUGAAAUUUUCUAAAUCGAAGUAUUUAUUGUACUGCCUUCAAUUUACCUAUAAAAAAUAAAGAAUACAAUUUAGAAGAUAAUGAAAUUUGUGCCUCAGUUAAUUGAUUUA